CACUAGUCGCUCAAACUCGCGCGCACUAUCAUCAACAUCAAGAUUAUACCCGACUGCAACGUUAAGACACACGGAAAACACAGAAGCUGCCGACAUACCGCGCUGGGGCUAUGACCAAGGCGGCGGCGGUGGCGACGACGACGACGAUGCUGUCCUCUCAGCUCCUAUUCCUCUUUUGCCUCGUCGAGACCUACUCUCUUACGGCUGCUAGCCAGUCAGCCACCCUCAAUCUACCCCUAAAGAAGCUCGCGGCUAUUGGCCCUCAUCUAUGCCUCUUUCCUGCACUCGACGCCCAUCCUUUCGCAUCUUCGAAAAUUCUUCCUUACUUUCUCUUUUUUCUCUACCAUCCACCCUUUGCCUUCAUGUUGCGUCUUGUGGGCCCCGCCUUCUUGCCUCUACAUAUCGUAAUCCCAUCCCGUCUUUCGCUUUCGCCUUGCAGAGCUGACUCUGGCUGUGGAUGCUCCGUAUCCUAGGCCAUGGAGUUCGUGAAUGGCUCGCCGCCAGACGCGACACGCGAGACGCG